GCUCCCGGAUGAGGCAAGAUAACCACGCGAGGAGGGAGAGAGGUAGAGAGAGAGAAAGAAAGAGAGAGAGCGGUAGAGAGGGAGAGAAAGUGAGAGAGAGAUGAGGAGGAGGAGCUUGCUGCUAUAAGAUUGACUCCGCGCACCAUCAGCACCAAAACUUGCGCUCGCUCCAUCCUUCAUCCAUCCUCACUUGUCUUUACGCGCACUCGCGUUUUACCAAACACUCGCCGCCGUUUUCAUGGUGAUCAUCAUUUUUAAAAAUCCUCCUGGAAGGUGAGCUCGUGCAUCCCACGGUCAAUACUUGAUUAUGGUCACAACCCCCGCGGUGCCAAGGUGGAGCCACCGCGCGUAUCUCGGAUCGGUGCGCUUCUCCAGGGGCUGGGAUGCGCACCGGGCACCUCUCGCUUCCUGCCGGGUUUCGGGUCCGGGUCUGAUCCGGAGUCCGGCGCUGCCCCGGGGCGCCGCGCCCGGAGGAGCCAGUCGACCCGCAGCAGGAUGCCGGUGAUGAGAGGACUGCUCGCCCCGCAGAACACCUUCCUGGACACCAUCGCCACCCGCUUCGAUGGCACCCACAGUAACUUUGUGCUGGGGAACGCCCAGGUGCAGUCGCUCUACCCCAUCGUCUACUGCUCCGACGGCUUCUGCGAGCUCACCGGCUACGCCCGCGCCGAGCUCAUGCAGAAGAGCUGCGCCUGCCACUUCCUGUACGGCCCCGAGACCAGCGACCGGCUGACGGCGCAGAUCCAGGGGGCGCUGGACGAGAGGGGCGAGUUCAAGACGGAGCUGGUCUUCUACAAGAAGGAAGGUUCACAGUUCUGGUGUCUGUUGGACAUCGUCCCCAUCAAGAAUGAGAAGGGCGAAGUGGUUUUGUUCCUCGUGUCCCACAAAGACAUCACGGACAACAAGAAGGACCAGGACCCCGCGCACGGACCGGACACCGACGAGGAGACGGGUCUGCAGGUUCACCAGGUCACUCGCCCUCCGGGGUUCAACACCAACCGGCGGCGCAGCCGAGCCGUCCUCUACCACCUGUCGGGACAUCUGCAGAAACAAGACAAGAGCAAACUCAAGAUCAACAACAACAUGUUCGGGGACAAGCCUCCGAUCCCGGAGUACAAGGUAGCGGCCAUCCAGAAGUCUCGCUUCAUCCUCCUGCACUACGGAACCUUCAAGGCCGGCUGGGAUUGGCUGAUUCUGCUGGCGACCUUCUACGUGGCCGUCACCGUGCCGUACAACGUGUGCUUCACGGUGGUGGGUGGGCGGGACGAAGGCAGCAGCUUCCCCCGCAGCCCGCCCAGCGUCAGCGACAUCCUCGUGGAGAUCCUCUUCAUUCUGGACAUCCUGCUGAACUUCAGAACCACCUUCGUGAGCACGUCGGGUCAGGUGGUGUACGACGCCCGCUCCAUCUGCGUCCACUACGUCACCACCUGGCUGUUCGUCGACCUCAUCGCCGCGCUGCCCUUCGACCUGCUGUACGCCUUCAACGUCAGCGUGUACUUUGGCGUCCACCUGUUGAAGACCGUGCGGCUGCUCCGGCUGCUGCGGCUGCUGCAGAAGUUGGAGCGGUACUCUCAGUACAGCGCCGUGGUGCUGACGCUGCUCAUGUCCAUGUUCGCGCUGCUCGCCCACUGGAUGGCCUGCGUCUGGUACUUCAUCGGCCGCCGGGAGAUCGAGAGCCCGGGCUCCUGGGACAUCGGUUGGCUCUACGAGCUGGCGAAGCGUCUGGGAACGCCGUACUCCCUGUCGCCUCUGGUCCCCUCGGCGGUCGGCAGCCUCCCGACCAACAGCAGCAGCAGUAACAGCAGCGGCGGCCAGUGGAACACGUUGUUGGGGUCAGAGGUCGGGGGCCAGGGCUCCUGGAACACCAGCCAGUAUUACGGGAACGUGUCGGGGGCCGAGGCCGCGUCCGGGACGGCCUCCGGGGGCGGGGGCUUGGGGGCGCUGGGCGGCGGCCCGUCGAUGCGCAGCAGCUACGUGACGUCGCUGUACUUCGCUCUGAGCAGCUUGACCAGCGUCGGCUUCGGAAACGUGUCGGCCAACACGGACUCGGAGAAGAUCUUCUCCAUCUGCACCAUGCUCAUCGGAGCGCUGAUGCACGCGGUGGUGUUCGGUAACGUGACGGCCAUCAUCCAGAGGAUGUACUCGCGCCGCUCGCUCUACCACACGCGCACCAAGGACCUGAAGGACUUCAUCCGGGUCCACCGGCUGCCCAAGGCCCUGGAGCAGCGCAUGCUGGAGUGUUUCCAGACCACGUGGUCGGUCAACAACGGCAUCGACGUCAGCGAGCUGCUGAAGGAUUUCCCCGACGAGCUGCGGGCCGACAUCGCCAUGCACCUGAACAAGGAGCUGCUGCAGCUGCCGCUGUUCGAGUCGGCCAGCAGGGGCUGCCUGCGCUCUCUCUCGCUCAUCAUCAGGACGUCCUUCUGCGCGCCGGGCGAGUUCCUCAUCCGCCAGGGGGACGCGCUGCAGGCCAUCUACUUCGUCUGCUCCGGCUCCAUGGAGGUGCUGAAGGACAACACGGUGCUCGCCAUCCUGGGUAAAGGAGAUCUGAUUGGCUCGGACUCCCUGACCAAGGAGCAGGUGAUCAAGACCAACGCCAACGUCAAGGCCCUGACGUACUGCGACCUGCAGUACAUCAGCCUGAAGGGGCUGCGCGAGGUGCUGCGUCUGUACCCCGAGUACGCCCAGAAGUUCAUCAGCGAGAUCCAGCACGACCUCACGUACAACCUGCGCGACGGACACGGCGCCGACGUGGACUGGGAGAGUAACGGCAGCCUGGUGAAGAAGCUGCCGUCGAUCCGCGAGGAUGAGGAGGGGGGCGACGAGGACCAGAACUCCGUGUCCCGAGCCCCCCGCUCACCACUGCGCCUUGGACGGGGGCUCAACUCACCGCUGCUGCCGCCCCGGCCGUUCCGCGCCCCCUCCGAGCACUCGCGCCCCACGACCCUGCAGAUCCCCGUGGUCAGCUUCAGCAGCGUGCUGCCCCCCGAGCUCAGCCCCAGAUUUGUGGACGGCAUCGAAGCUGAGACGAGCUCCACCUCGUCACAGAAGUUCGAUUUCAGCCCGAGUCUGUCGCCUGCUGCUCCGGCCUCCCUGUUCACAGGGAUCCGGGAGCAGUCUGAGAUCAAGCAGAGUGUAACUAAACUCACCGAGGAGAUGAACACUCUCUCCAAACAAGUGUCCAGACUCAGUCAGGAGCUGCAGGAAAUGACGCUGCUGCUCAAGCCCCUCCUCCAAUCGGCGGCGCCGCAGCCCAUCCUGAUGACCCUGGUGCCAAAUUUGACCCCGCCCCCCAGCAGUGCCGGCCAGCUGUCGGCGAGCGCCUCCCUCGUGGUACCGCCGCACGCCGCCACGCCGCGUUCCCUCCGGCCGGACAGUCAGUCGCUGCUGGACGGAGGAGACGAGGAGGGGGUGGAUCUGCCCGGAUGUCUCCUCCUCCCGACUCCUCACGCACCACAGAGGACGAGUUCUUUUCCUCCGGCGCCGCCGCAGCCUCCGUCCGAACCCCUCACGAGCCCCGGGACCCCGGACCUCCUCUCGGCGGAGCAGGGUCUUCCUGAGGGACCCCCGCUCCCUCCGAGCCGCCACGCCUCCUCCAGUAACGGGAUAUUUAAGCCUCCUCUGGCCUCUCACACCCCGUCCCCCUCUCUGUCCUUCUCCGUGUCCCUGUCCUCCUCCCCCUCCCCCUCCCCCUCCCCCUGCCGAGGCCCUCGCCCGUCCCGACCUGCCGGCCUGCUACCUCCCUCCCCUCCCCCUCCCGCGUCCUCCCACUGCUCAGCUCCCCCGUCGCUCACGUCCUCCCCCGGAGACCAACAGCUGAGGCCGUCGCCCUCCGUCGUCCCCCUCGUGUCCCCCAGCGUCUCCCUGCACCCCUCCAGCGUCUCUCUGGACUGUGUCAGUGCGAGGAGGACGAGGAGGCAGGCGGACACCCGGACUCCGGCCUGGUGCAAGUCCAGAGCCGUCGCUCACCCCCAGGAGCUGGAGAUGCAGGAGUGGGGGGGGUCGUCCGCAGAGCCCAUCGGCUUCAUCGAUGACGACGAGCCGGCGUUAUGAACGAGUCACGCGUCAGAGACGACGGCUGAGUAGCAGGAACAAUGUCGACGGGACGACGGAGUGAAACGCUGAGAGGACAGACAGGUAGACGGAGACACACCUGGGAGGCGGAGACACGCCGCCAGCUGUCAGCGAAUCAGUGUGAAGGAGGAGGAGAUGAACCGCAGCAGCACAACUCGUCACAACUGUCCAGUAGCGACCAGGAGCUCGUCUCAUCACCACAUCCAUCGUCCACCUCUGGAGCCUCGGGCAGGCAGACAGGCAGACAGGCAGACAGACAGACGGACGGACGGACGGACGGACGGACGGACGGACGGACGGACGGACGGACGGACAGACAG